ACUCUAGAAAAUAACUGAAAUCAUGAGUGGACGAGGCAAAACCGGAGGCAAAGCCCGCGCUAAGGCAAAGACCCGCUCUUCCCGUGCCGGGCUUCAGUUCCCAGUCGGUCGUGUCCACAGGCAUUUGAGGAAGGGUAACUAUGCCCAGCGUGUUGGUGCCGGUGCCCCCGUCUACCUGGCGGCUGUGCUGGAGUACCUGACCGCUGAGAUCCUGGAGCUGGCUGGAAACGCUGCCCGCGACAACAAGAAGACCAGAAUCAUCCCCCGUCACCUGCAGCUGGCUGUCCGCAACGACGAGGAGCUCAACAAGCUGCUUGGCGGAGUGACCAUCGCUCAGGGUGGUGUGCUGCCCAACAUCCAGGCUGUGCUGCUGCCCAAGAAGACCGAGAAACCCGCCAAGAAACUCAAAAAAAUAAGUGAAAUCAUGAGUGGACGAGGCAAAACCGGAGGCAAAGCCCGCGCUAAGGCAAAGACUCGCUCCUCCCGUGCUGGGCUUCAGUUCCCAGUCGGUCGUGUCCACAGGCAUUUGAGGAAGGGUAACUAUGCCCAGCGUGUUGGUGCCGGUGCCCCCGUCUACCUGGCGGCUGUGCUGGAGUACCUGACCGCUGAGAUCCUGGAGCUGGCUGGAAAUGCUGCCCGUGACAACAAGAAGACCAGGAUCAUCCCCCGUCACCUGCAGCUGGCUGUCCGCAACGACGAGGAGCUCAACAAGCUGCUUGGCGGAGUGACCAUCGCUCAGGGUGGUGUGCUGCCCAACAUCCAGGCUGUGCUGCUGCCCAAGAAGACCGAGAAACCCGCCAAGAAGUAAAUUUAAGG